AUGGCCAAAGUCGACCACAACGAACACCUCGACAUCCCCUUGACCGAUCGGAGGCAGACUUCGGUCGCCGACGUUCCAGCCUUUGCUGAGCAUGGUCCUCUAGUGGACCACAAAAUCCCCCAGGCCGAUGCGGUCCAACAGGAGCCCGACCUGGCCUGGAGCCGAAUCCGACAUAAACUCCGAGAGCCCUUUUCCGAGUUUUUCGGUGUCUUUAUUCUAAUUCUCUUCGGUGAUGGUGUUGUGGCCCAAGUGGUCCUCAGCAACGACACCAAGGGCGAUUAUCAGUCUAUCUCCUGGGGCUGGGGUCUCGGUGUAAUGCUAGGCGUGUACUCCAGUGGUAUCAGCGGCGCCCAUCUCAACCCUGCAGUGACCUUUGCGAACUGCGUUUUCCGCAAAUUUCCCUGGCGAAAAUUCCCCGUCUACAUGCUCGCCCAGGUCUUAGGCGCCAUGACCGCCUCUGCCAUUGUCUAUGCCAACUAUAAAUCCGCAAUCGACGUCUUCGAGGGCGGCUCCCACAUCCGUACUGUUAGUGGUCCGCACGCAACUGCGGGCAUCUUCUGCACCUACCCCGCCGAGUUCAUGACCAGGACUGGCAUGUUCUUCUCGGAAUUCAUUGCCACUGCCAUCUUGAUGUUCCUGAUCUACGCACUCAAGGACGACGGAAACAUUGGUGCCGGUCCUUUGACCCCUCUUGGCCUGUUUUUCGUCAUUUUUGGCAUCGGUGCCUGCUUUGGCUGGGAAACCGGCUAUGCCAUCAACCUUGCUCGUGACUUUGGCCCCCGCCUGGUCUCUUACAUGAUCGGCUACGGCCAUGAGGUCUGGUCCGCUGGCGGUUACUACUUUUGGAUUCCCAUGGUCGCUCCUUUCUGUGGCGCCACGUUUGGAGGCUGGCUGUACGAUAUGUUCCUCUUCACUGGAGAGAGCCCGAUCAACACCCCUUACAUGGGCUUGAAACGCUUCUUCGAACCCAAGCGGUCCGUCUGGUCCAACACAUACAAUGCGGACAGCCAGGUUUGA